CGUCGGCGCCUAUGCCCUGGGUCAAUUUGCCGAUGCCGCGAAACGCUGCAGGAAAAGGGAGUCCAAGCCCAAAAUUUCACACUUGCACUUGCUGUGCCUCCACUAACAAAACUGUGCCACCAGUUUCAAAUCUCCCACUCCAAAGACGAUGACGACCAAUUGGGGCAAGUUUCGGGCCUUUUGCAAGGCCAGUGAGCAAUUGACAUUUGCAUUGAUAAAAAAAACCAAAGAAGAAAGAAAAUGGCUGACGGUGGUGUAUUGGAAUGACCUAAAGAAAGAACACAGCGAACUUUCCCCGUUUGAAUGUUUGAACACUCGAUCGCAAGUGGUGUACGCCGAGGUGAAUUUGAAAUGGCGGCGAACAAAGGGCCGUCACAAGGAUUACUGUCCAAGCUGCUGCCAGUACGUCGUCCACGAGGGUUAGUUGCGACCGAAAAAAGUCGAGUGAGCCAUGCUCUGGAUGGAUCGAGGGACUCAUUUGCAAAGGUGUUGGGUGAUGCACAACUGUAUACCGAAUUCCGACAACAGUUUUCUUCUUCAACCGAAGGUGCUCCACUGCUCUUAUUUCGUGACGGAUAUAUAAGACUUGAGAGUCUUCUAUUGGCGAUCGCUGCUGGAGCAGAUAUCCGCCACGCCCUUCCCGAUCCGGGAGAGCCACCAUGUAUCAGACGAUUUCUCAGAGCCGAGACAGAAUCAUCGGGAUCUUCGAACAGCAAUGACGAAGUGAUUACCGUUCCAGAUUGGUUGACGACGCUGUUGAACCGGUUUUACCGAUCUUUUGUAAUAGCAGGCGGACCCGAGGAGAUCGUGGGGCUAUCCCAAGCUGUGCGACAGUCUGUUGCUGAUAAAUUGACUCUACUAGACGAGAACCGGGUUCCAGUGUCUGUCCUGGAUGCUGCGGCAGAUGAGGUACACGAACUGCUGUACAAGCGAUUUUACCCCGAAUUUUUGGCUUCCAAGCGAGGAAAAUCACCUGUAGCAGAUUUGGAGGAAGCUGUAGGCCGCCUAAGUCUCGAUGCAGCCUUGACCCGGAAAGACGGCGGCCGAAAACGAGUGUCGAGUCUGAGUAGUGAGGACUCGGACUCCUCGGCAGCGUCUAAAGGGCGCCGAAAAUGGCUUGGACUUGGAAAAGGUGUCGGCAAUCCUGUCGGGAAUCCCAAUCCCAACAAGUCGAGAGCAAGUUCAGUUGAUGGAGAGGAACCAGAAUUGGAGCUGCAGUACACUCGGGACUGUUUCAUCCGAGUGCUGUAUCAUCAGGAGCUGUAUGCGGAAUUGGUUGAGUUUGCCAAGGAAACACUUUGCCUGGAAAAUAUCAUGUUUUACGAAGCGUAUAUCCGACUGGAACUCCAAAUAUCCGAAGCGCUACCGGAAUUCGCAGGAGUUCCCAAACCCGAAAUAGGGUUAACCCGCUGCCUCCUGCGCUUCCUGGAACAGAACACUAGCACCGUUGCCAAUCCAACCACAACCACGCACAUGAUUCCAGCCUCCAUCAUGGACCACGUCCUCCUUUUUUACUCUGCUUUCAUCAUGCCCGGCGCCCAACAUGAAGUCAACAUCUCCCACGCCAUCCGCCGCGGUAUCAUUACACAACUUCAACAGCGUGACGAGGCUGGCGUACCCGCCGUCGUUGCACCUGCGGGGAUAUCCGUCACAGUUUUUGAUCCAGCGGUCGACGAAAUCCUCGAUCUUCUGUAUCGCAACACCUUUCAUCUCUUCCUGAAGCACCGCGAGCGGAAGAAUGCAUCAAAACGGAGUGAUUCGGGCAAAGGAGACAUAUCACAGUUUAUAUAUUGACACUUUCCCUUUUUCAGCAUUUUCUUGAGCAUAGAUAGAAUAGACUUAUUUUUAUAGACCAUGUGUUCGAUUGUAUGUAAUUUUCCUUUUUUCGCUACUAUGGUGGGGGUGAAUCGACGGAUGUUUGAUAAUAGCAAUGCAUGAACGUUUCGUU